GCAAAACAGAAGACUAUAUAUACCUUGUAAUUCACGCUGUAGUUAAGCCUACAUUGUGUGCUCCGUGUCUGGAAUAAUCUAUCUAAAGGAGGCUUUUUCUUUACUAAGAUAAGAAGACUAUUUCAAUAGACAUGAAUAUGUUGAUGCUUUCCUUAGUUUUUUUCCUUUAUGGGAGUUUUACUUCGGUAUCUGCAUCUUGUCCCUCCGAAUGUUCAUGUCCUCCUGAGUUAGCCAGGUGCGCUCCAGGAAUCAGCCUCGUGCCAGAUGGCUGUGGAUGCUGCAAAGCUUGCAAGAGGCAGCUCAAUGAGGACUGCAGCAAGACAGAGCCAUGCGACCACAUCAAGGGACUGGAGUGCAACUUUGGGGCUGGUUAUGGCACAGCUAAAGGCAUCUGUCGAGCUAAAUCAGAUGGAAGACCCUGUGAGUACAACAGCAAGAUCUACCAGAAUGGAGAGAGCUUCACUGCCAACUGCAAGCACCAGUGUACAUGUAUGGAUGGUGCCUUGGGGUGUGUGUCCCUGUGCCCCCAGCAGCUCUCCCUGCCCAAACUGGGCUGUGCCAUAUCCAAGCUGGUCAAAGUGCCCGGUCACUGCUUUGAGGAGCUGGAAUGCCUUGAGGAGAGGGGGAAAGCCUCAGUGGACAAGAAGGUCAGCAAAGAUGGCCGCAAGGAUAAGCAUUCUGAUGAUGACUUCACAAAGAGAAACGAGCUGGUGUCUUUCAUCAGAGGAGGACUCAAGUCUUUAGCUGCUUUCAGGAGUAAAACUGAGAGUCGCUUGAUGUCCAAGGGGAACAGGAGGUGUGUGGCUCAGACCACAGCCUGGUCCCCCUGCUCUAAGUCCUGUGGUACAGGAGUUUCCUCCAGGGUCUCCAACAACAACAGCCAGUGCAAGCUGGUGAAGGUGACUCGUCUCUGUGAGGUCCGCCCAUGCUCCCAGUCAUCCUACUCAUUCCUGAAGAAGGGUAAGAAGUGUAGUGGCAUUGCGAAGGCCAGCCGUCCAGUGACGCUGACCUAUGCAGGCUGCAGCAGCGUGAAGAAGUUCCACUCCAGGUACUGUGGUUCUUGCCUGGACGGGCGCUGCUGCACCCCUCAGCAGACCCAGACUGUGGCCGUUCGCUUCCGCUGUGAGGACGGAGACACUUUCAGCAAAGACGUCAUGGUCAUAGAGUCCUGUUCAUGUGACUUUAGCUGUUCCCAUAACAACGAGAAGCUCUCUGGGCUCUCCAAUGAUAUCCGCGAAUCCAGAGUCUGAGGGGAAAGUUUAGGGUUCCACACGCUGUAUGUAAACUAGGAUAACAAAGGGGUGAGAUGACGGGGAGUAAGGAUAACUCCAUAUGUGCACUGCUUUGCUGGAGACAUUUAUUUUGAGGAUUUUUGCUUCGUGAUAUUGGAGUUAUUGGUUGCUUCGAUAUGGAGCGUUUUAUGUUGUAAUAUUUCUGUUCAAUGACAACUUGUUUUGUAUGCAUGGCUAUCUUUUUGUGUUUAUUUGUAAAUAUGAAAACAUCUGCUUCGUGGCAGCUACUAGAAUGAUUUAAUCAAACAAGUGCCAUUGCUUUUAAUACCACAACAUUAUUUGUAUUUAUUUCUAAAAUCUUGACGUUUUCUUAAGAUAUGAUAGGCCAUAUUGGAAAAUCAUGUUUUCGACCAUUCGUUUUUUAAUCUUAUUUAUAAAAUGUAUAUAUUUAUGGAACCUGAUGUUCUGUUAUGAAUGACUAGAUAUCACAGUAUGGACAGUUGAUAUUUAACCUCUGUCCUCCACUCGUUACCUGUAUUAAUGGCACCUGUUUGAACUUGUUAUUAGUAUAAAAGACACCUGUCCACAACCUCAAACAGUCACACUCCAAACUCCACUAUGGCCAAGACCAAAGAGCUGUCAAGGACACCAGAAACAAAAUUGUAGACCUGCACCAGGCUGGGAAGACUGAAUCUGCAAUAGGUAAGCAGCUUGGUUUGAAGAAAUCAACUGUGGGAGCAAUUAUUAGGAAAUGGAAAACAUACAAGACCACUGAUAAUCUCCCUUGAUCUGGGGCUCCACACAAGAUCUUACCCGUGGGGUCAAAAUGAUCACAAGAACGGUGAGCAAAAAUCCCAGAACCACACGGGGGGACCUAGUGAAUGACCUGCAGAGAGUUGGGACCAAAGUAACAGAGCCUACCAUCAGUAACACACUACGCCGCCAGGUACUCAAAUCCUGCAGUGCCAGACGUGUCCCCCUGCUUAAGCCAGUAUAUGUCCAGGCCUGUCUGAAGUUUGCUAGAGAGCAUUUGGAUGAUCCAGAAGAAGAUUGGGAGAAUGUCAUAUGGUCAGAUGACACCAAAAUAUAACUUUUUGGUAAAAACUCAACUCGUCGUGUUUGGAGAACAAGGAAUGCUGAGUUGCAUCCAAAGAACACCAUACCUACUGUGAAGCAUGGGGGUGGAAACAUCAUGCUUUGGGGCUGUUUUUAUGCAAAGGCACCAGGACGACUGAUCCGUGUAAAGGAAAGAAUGAAUGAGGCCAUGUAUCGUGAGAUUUUGAGUGAAAACCUCCUUCCACCAGCAAGGGCAUUGAAGAUGAAACACGGCUGGGACUUUCAGCAUGACAAUGAUCCCAAACACACCGCCCGGGCAAUGAAGGAGUGGCUUCCUAAGAAGCAUUUCAAGGUCCUGGAGUGGCCUAGCCAGUCUCCAGAUCUCAACCCCAAAGAACAUUUUUGGAGGGAGUCGAAAGUCCGUGUUGCCCAGCAACAGCCCCAAAACAUCACUGCUCUAGAGGAGAUCUGCAUAGAGGAUUGGGCCAAAAUACCAGCAACAGUGUGUGAAAACCUUGUGAAGACUUACAGAUAACAUUUGACCUCUGUCAUUGCCAACAAAGGGUAUAUAACAAAGUAUUGAGAUAAACUUUUGUUAUUGACCAAAUACUUAUUUUCCACCAUAAU